AUGGCUGUCAAUAAUUUAUCGCAAAUGAACGAUGUGUCUAAUGUUGAUGGUAGAAUACUAGAUCUAGUUCUAUCCAAUGUUGAUUGUUUAAAUGUUACUAAAUCUAUAAGUAUGCUUAGCAAAGUAGAUCAAAAACAUCCUCCAAUUUUGAUAUCGAUCCCAAAACUUACUUCCGAGUACCUCAAGCCGAUAAUAAGCCAUCGUUACAACUACUUUAGAGCAGACUAUGGCAAUAUUGUACCUUACUUGAAGAGCAUUAACUGGCAAGUGGAGCUAGAAAAAUGUCAAAAUGUUAACGAAAUGACUAAUAUAUUUUACCACUUUUUAAAUAUAGCCGUAACAUCCUAUAUUCCUAAAACAAGACCUAAACUAACUAAAUUUCCUUCGUGGUUUAGCAAUUCCCUAAUUAAAAUAAUUUCCGAGAAAAGCAGAAAAACAUUAAAAUAUUUGAAAUAUAAGAACCCUCGUGAUCAACUAGAAUACGAGCUUCUUCGCGAACGUGCUCAUAAUGUAAGUAGUCAAUGCCUUUUUAAUUUUAAAAAAAGAAUUGAAAGCGAUAUUUCUAAAAAUCCAAAAAGCUUUUGGCGUUUUGUGAAGGACAGGCGCAAUGGUGUAUCCAAUAUCCCAGCUAUAAUGUAUCAAGCUGAUCAGGUCGCAAACACCGGACCAGAUAUUGCCCAAAUGUUUGCAAACAAAUUUUCAUCUGUUUUUAGUAAAGUGGCUGCAAACGACGGCGGUGACGUAUCUAUGUUCAAUAAUUCAUGUUUAAAUUCUGUAAAAUUAACUGAAAGAGACAUUAUAGGUGCAGUCAAAAAGCUUGACAUUUUCAAGGGAGCUGGCCCAGAUGAGAUUCCCCCUGUGUUCGUCAAACGUUGUAUCUCGGCCUUAGCGUUACCACUGGCUAUUAUUUUCAAUCAAUCUUUGCGUGAUGGAGUAUUUCCUGAUAUUUGGAAAAAUUCAAAGAUCGUUCCGGUAUUUAAAAAAAGGCGUCAUUAA